GGAAAAUAGGACGAAUUUUAUACAUCGAGCUUUAUUUAUAUUAAGUGCUUAUCUCCCUCGUAUGCGUAAUUGAAUACUCGACUACACAGCAUCAGUACCAUUCCUCGACGCUCAUCAUGCCACCUACGAAAGGAGCCGGUAUCGUCCUACGACUCUUCAAUCCAACGCAUGGAGCAAAAGUAGGUCCAGAAAUCUACGUUCCUGGUUCUGAUAUCACCCAUAUAACAACCAUUGCAUCCACGGACGACAAAGUUCAAACGGGCGCGCCGAGCGCAAGCUUCGCAUAUCACGUGAAACAUAUCUCAAAGUUUUUGAUAGAAGGCGCCUACGAGCGAGGCCCAGCUCAUGCCGAGGCCGGCCUCAUCCAAUGUUUCGUGUACAAACGAAUCAGCAAACUAUCGCGGGAUGGCCAUGAACUAUCUGAAGGCGGCGUUGCUCCGCCUGGAUCAGUGAUGGUCUGUGUAGCCAUCACACCAGGAGACACUGAAGAUUACUCAAAGUGGUACGAUGAAGAGCACCAGGGAAUGAUCACUAAGGUUCCUGGCUGGAUAAAAAGCGAGCGUUAUGAGCUAGCAAAGGCGUAUGGUUCUCAAGUUGGCGCCGCACCAUUUCUCGCUGUGCACUUUUAUGAUGAGAAGAAUGGAUUGGGUGGUCCGGAGUGGAGGGCAAGUGUUGAAACUAUCUGGUCGAAGAAAAUCAGAGAAAAUGUGGUUGUGCCUCAUUAUAGGAGGGUGUGGAAAGUUGUAGAGCAGAAGGCUGUUUAG